AUGGUCCGGCACAUCCGGUCGGCAUUAUAUUUCAUUUGGAUAUUUUUAACAUUCAAAAUCUUGAAGGCGGAUGAGGGCAAAAUAGUAGGAGGCAGAGUGGCCCAGCCAGGCGAAUUCCCUUUUCAGCUUUGCAUGUGGGGCGAACAAAGAUGCGGGGGCGCACUGGUAACGAUGAGGCAAUUUAUGACCGCCGCCCAUUGUUUUGUUAAAAAAUCGUCAAAAAAUGACAUUACCAAGCACUUCAUGAUAGCCGGGGUUGUGGACUGUACCAAAAAAGACGACCCGUUUUAUCAAAAGAGAGGUAUAAAAGAUUACAAAAUGCACCCAGAUUUCGCGUACAAAAAAGACAUGACUGCAUAUCAUGAUUUUGCUAUCGGGAUUGUGGACAAACCGUUCGACCAAUCCGAACGUGUCAAGGUGGGCGCGUUUCCGAACACCGACCCGGCCAAGUUCCGCCAAUACUGGGAAGACAUUUCCAAAAACGGUAAAAAAUGCCUCGCCAUGGGAUUCGGAGCAAUGACGGACAUCAAUGCCAAGGAUUUCAGUAAUGAUUUAAAAAUAGCAGAGAUGAAUCCGAAAGAUCCAGCGUUCUGCAAAACAACUCACAUGUACGACUCUGAUAAACUGAUGGACGGUGAAGUUUGUUGUAUUCCGGAGAAUGUCAAAACGGAGAGCCAGGGAAAGGGCGACGCGGGCACGGCUCUGGUCUGCGAAGGUUUUAUGUUCGGUGUGGGUACUGCAGGAUAUUUCCAGCCAGAUUAUAACGUACAGUAUUUCACACUCGCUUAUCCUUACCUAAACCUCAUCGAAAAGGAAUCUGGGUACAUCUGCCGCAGCUCUCACAUGGCCGUCAUCUUCGGGUUCUUCACCGUAGUUGUGGUUAAUGGUUUACAAUUUUGA